AUCUCUGCUCUACGAAAAACAUUGGCAUCAAUCAGUCAAUCAGUCAAUCAAAGAAAGAAGGAUAGCAAAGUGAUUCUACCAGAGGUACUGUUCCCCACCAUUAUAAUAACAGACUAUAGAUGCUCACGCAUAGCCAAUUGAAAAGGGUAAAGCAGAACAUUCUUCGAAUUAUAUCUCCUUUGAUUUUCAGAACUCUUAUUUCCAUCCAUCACUUAGAUGGACAGCAGUAUGGUGGCGACUUUGGCAAAUGAGUUGACUCAAAAGUUGAAAAGAAACGAAGAGAGAAAGCAGAAACAAGAUCAGAAUGUCAGGUCAACCCACCGAGCAGGUUAUUCUGAGGAUAGACCCUCACAACAAAGGACUCCACAAAAACGUGCUCAUGAUAUUAGCUUGAAAACCAAUGCUCGAAGAAGAACCUCAAGAAGCCUUCUUACAAAAGAGAAGAGAGGAGUAUCAACGAAGGUAAGGUUUGAUUCACUACACGUAAGGUAAAUGGGAGAGCCACUAAUGGCAAUCGUCUACUUCUAGAAACGAAUACAUGGCACUUCUUCAUGGAGUGAGUCCCAAAAUACUCCGCAAACUAGAUGGUCUUCUGUGAAGAAGUUUGUGCUUCAGUGCAUUGAUCAGAUUAUUUUCAUGAUCAUCAUUGUAUUUGUACUAGUCAUCAUUUACAAUGGUCGCCAAAACUUUAAACAAUGGGUUCAUCGUUGGCCCUUACAGCCAAUGACCAUUGUUUUCUCAGUGUACAACACAACAAAGGAGCAUAUUAUAGCAUCGUGGGAGAAGAUACCUUUUCAACUUUUCCAAUCUGUUAUUCCUGAGUUAGGCAAUGAGCCGAAAGAAUCCCAUAACAAUGGCCAAAAUGAUGAUUCCACUGCUAUUAGCCCGAACAUCGAACAGGCCCUUCUGGAGGGGGGUCUGUCAGUUACGAGGAGGUACCCUAGCACCAGCUUUGAACUAGGAUACAUCAUAGCCAUGCGGGAUAUGUUUGAGGAAAUCGGAGGACAUUAUAUUAAUGAGGCUGACCUCAAAAAGAUACUUCUGGAAAUAUCUUUGUUUCACGAAGCUAUGGGGACUGCAAAGCGUACAUAUGAAGAUUUUUUGAGGGACUUUUAUGGUGGGACUUGGGCUAUGUAUCAUCUUUCACAUGGUUUAUUCGUAAAUACACAAAAUACAUACAACGAAUUCGAAGAAUCAACGAAGAAAAAGCGGCAAUAUGGUUGGGAAAUACUUUUCAUCUUCUCCAAGAAAGAUCAGCCAGCCGAAGUUGCAGUAGAAGAGAUAAAGUUACUCUUUCAGCAACAUAUCACCCUCUGGUUUGAGAUCAUCGUUGGUCUUCAUGAAAAAGCAAAAGAAGCGAUAUUACAUUUCCAGCACCUGAAGCGACGAAUCUCCGGCCUCAACCUCAUUAUGGAGCCCCACCAGAACAUGUUGUAUGACAUGAUGAAAGAAUACCCAGAACACAGCUGGACAAACUCAUUGGCUAUAUUCUUUAAUCAUGAAAAUCUAACACGAGAAGCAAAAGGCGACUUGGCGGAAUUCCUUGCGGAUAAAAGGGCCAGUCUCUGUUCAGUUCUGAGCCUACAUGAUCAUAACACCAGAGCUACAGCUAUAGCUGCAACACUACGGACGAUGAUGGAGAACUGCAAUACUCUAAUGAAAAAUUGUUAUGAGAUAUCAAAUAAUAAAGCACCAGGUUGUUCUCUUCCCUAUAUCCCAAUGUCUGCGGAGGAUUUGUCAAAAUCCAAUUUGAAUGCAAUUGUAGAUUGGGCAGAAAAAGGAGCACGACGUUUGAGUACUGUGACCCUUGAAGCGGGUGAAAUUCGCAGAAUGGAAUUUGAGAGAUGGAUAGGCCUUUAGAUAAGAUGAUGAAUAUUCUACAAAGAAGGAAAGAAGUUGCUAGAGAAGCACCGACUAUAUAGGAUGUGGAAGCCGUAUGCGUUAAUUUAGGCUAACUAGAACGGGUUAUGAACCCGUGACAAGAAUUGGAAAUGAGAAUUGGAAAUUGAGAGUUGGCUAGAGAAAAACGAUGGGUCCUGUCAUUCUUUUGGUAUUUCUCUUGUUGAUAUCGCGUUGGUGAGUGCUAGGAUAUAAUGGUCAACGUUGUGCACCACAU